AUGAUCACACGUGUCUCCAGAGGGUCUUCCCUACUAUCAUCUUUACCUCGCACCCAAAGACGAACCUUUGUUUUCACCACCUUAGCAACCACAUUAUUUGGCUCUGUUCUUUGGUCAAAAAACAAUGUGCUUGCAUCCAAAAUGGAAAAUGGUCAAUUACAUUAUGACGACCCAAACAAAAAAUUCAAUUCAGAGAAACGACCAGCUUUUCGACGUCCAGAUCCAGAGUACCCUGGCCAUACGCCAUUGUACAAUUUUGAGAAAGCAUUGAUGUUUCUCGGAUCUUCAAUUGGAUCAUUCUUCCACCCAGAGAGAAAUGAGUUUAUUGUUGCUCUUGGAGAAUCGACUGCUAUUGAACCAGUUUUGAAGAGCUUACAAAGAACAAUGUUGAGUGACAAGACUGGUAGACAAAUUCUUCGUGAACGGCCACGCAUUACUUCAACAUCGUUGGAUUUGGAUUAUUUGCGUUCCUUACCUGACAACACGAUUGGGAAACAGUAUAUUGUGUGGCUAGACCGUGAAGGUGUUAGUCCCGACACCAGAGUACCUGUUAAAUACAUCGACAAUGAAGAGCUUGCCUAUAUUUUCCAACGGUAUCGUGAAUGUCACGAUUUCUACCAUGCAAUCACUGGGUUACCAAUCAUUAUCGAGGGUGAGAUUUCAGUCAAGGUUCUUGAGUUUCUCAAUAUUGGUAUACCAAUGAGUGGAUUAGGUGCAUUAUUUGCUCCAUUGAGAUUGAAACCGAGCCAACGAAAGAGAUUGAGAGAAAUUUAUUAUCCAUGGGCAAUGCAAAAUGGUUUGUUUUCCAAGCCUUUGAUUAACGUGUAUUGGGAAAAGAUUUUGGAGAAGGAUAUCAAUGAAUUCAGACAGGAAAUGGGAAUUCAACCACCUCCAGAUUUGAGAAAUAUGAGAAAGGAGUUUUUUGCAAUGAAGAGGAAGGAAAAAGAGUUGAAGCAACAAGGGUUGAAGUGA